AUGCAGAAGCCGCAUGUUGCAUAUGGAGGUGUGAAAAUCAUCUUUGAGACUGAGCUCGGAGUGGCAGAUUUCCUCCUGCCCAACAAAAGCAGUGUCCUCUACGUCUCUGAGUGUGACAUCAUCGCAGGAAGCGGCUACAAGAGGAAGGUGGUUCGCUACAGGAACGCUGGGAGCAGCUUCCAGGAGCUGGUGUUGGUGGAGAAGACCAGACUGAGCGAGCAGUACUUCCCCGCUGUGCAGAAGUUUGUGGCGUUUGACCUCGGCCUGUCUCUGCUGCCCGUCAGCGGGCAGGCCGACGCCUCACAGCUCAUCACUCAGAUGGUUCACGGGGAGGCUCGGGAGAACCCCUUCAGGAGGAAGAGCUCGUCCCGCCUGCUGGACCCUCUGGUCCUGGCUCUGGUCCAGCAGAUCCCCGGGGUGGGCAAGGUCAAAGCUCUGGUGCUGUUGCGGCACUUCUCCAGCAUCCAGCAGCUCUGCAACGCCUCCCCCGCCGAGCUGGAGCCCAUCGUGGGCCAGGCUGGCGCCCAGCAGAUCCACAGCUUCUUCCACAAACACACUGCCGGGACCUGAACAGCUCAGUUCAGAUUACAGUGGCCAAAAUCCAGCCUUGAGACUGAAGUUCCUGCAGCAUCGACUCACAGUCCUGGUUCCCAGAGCUGAGAUGUCUGCAUGAGGAGGCUGAAGAAACUCAGUUUUUACUCUGGCUUGCAGUUGCUGGUUAGGUUGAAGCAAUAAAAACUGCACGGUUAAAAUGAGGUAAAGGUUGGCGUUUGGGGGAGAAUAACGCCUUCGCAGCAGGAAUCCUGAUCCAUCAGGUUUAAAUUAAUGAGUAAAUCAGGAUUAUUUGACACCCCAGGAAUGAGAACAGUCACUGGACGAUCAGGGCCGGGUCACCGUGACCUGCACAGCAAACAGCACUUUCCACAGUGGUGCCUCAGGUCAGGCACGCUCCUCGUCUUCAUCGACAUUCACGGUGUUUGCGUCCUGAGAUGUGUGAGAGCGAAGGCUUCCUGCAAACUGCCCGACGUGUGUCACUCUAAACCAGGCGCCAGGCUGAUGCAAGAAUUACUCGCACAUCUGUGUCUCUGAGACGACGGUUUACAGCACAGCCUUCAGCGUGAGCAGGAAGUGUUGGAGGCAGCGUUAACCUAACAUGUUGCCCGGCGUGUUCCCGUGUG